GGCAGCGUCCGCGGAGGCAGCGCCCUCGCAGCGUGCCCCGCUGCCGCGCAAAGGCAGCUAGCGCUCGAGCUGCCCGCCGUGCCCCGCCAGGCCCCAUAGGCACAGCUGCCACCACCGGACCUCGCUAUACACAUGCACCCGCACCCCCGCCGCACGCCCGCCGCACCGCAGCAAGCAUGGCCGACCACCAGCAGGCCGAGCACGACUACUUCGCCAACGAGCCGCCGCCCAAGGACCUGCAGGCCAACGUCACCCUCGCCCGCGAGUUCGUCGACCGCCACGGCGCCGCCCGCCGCCGCCUGGUGCUCGUCACGUCGGGCGGCACCACGGUGCCCCUCGAGACGCAGACAGUGCGCUACAUCGACAACUUCUCCGCCGGCACGCGCGGCGCCACGAGCGCAGAGUACUUCCUGAGCCAGGGCUACGCCGUCAUUUUCCUGCACCGCCAGUUCUCGCUGCUGCCCUACUCACGCCACUACUCGCACAACACGCGCUCCUUCCUCGACUUCAUGCGCGAGGACAAUGGCCGCGUCACCGUCGACGAGCAGCACCAGGCCGACAUGCUCGACGUGCUGCGCCAGUACACCCAGGUGAAGCGCGAUGGUCGCCUGCUGAUCCUGUCCUUCGUCACCAUCACAGAGUACCUGUGGGACCUGCGCGAGGUCGCCCGGCUCAUGCGCCCCCUGGGCCCGCGCGCCAUGUUCUACCUCGCCGCUGCCGUCUCCGACUUCUUCGUGCCCCGCGACCGCAUGGUCGAGCACAAGAUCCAGUCCAACGAGGAAUUCGCCCAGUCUGCCGCGGACCCCGACGCCACCGUGCUCCCGCCCGCGACGCGCACAGAGGGCCGCAAGCUGGUCAUCGACCUGGAGCCUGUGCCCAAGUUCCUCAAGCAGCUCGUCGACGGCUGGGCGCCCGACGGCAUCAUAGUGAGCUUCAAGCUCGAGACGGACCCUUCGAUACUUGUCAAGAAGGCCCGCUACGCCCUGGACAAGUACUCGCACCACCUCGUCAUUGGUAAUCUGCUGAGCACCCGCAAGUGGGAGGUCGUCUUCGUGUCGCGGCUCGAGGGCGAGAAGUGGAUCCGCGUGCCCGAACACAGACGCACCAAGAGCUUCUCGGGCGUGCCCUCGCUCGUGGGCUCCGCCGACCCCGCAGCGAAGCAGGACCAGUCGGAAACGUCGCAGUCGCUGCUGGAGACGCAGUCCGAAGCGCCCAAAGGCGAGCCCGCCGUUGAAAUUGAAUCUCUCAUCAUCCCGGCCAUCGAAGCUAUGCAUACAAAGUACAUUGAGCAGACGCAGAAGCGGAUAUAGACAAGCAAUAAAUAAGCACAGACGAGGUAUGGUAUCCUGCGAAACUCCGUGAGCGUGUGCCUGCCGCCUGACUUCCUGUUCAUAUAUGUGCAUGCAUCCCAAGGUCACGCUCCCAGCUCCAUU